AUGUCUUUGGUGGCGUACAGCGACUCGGAAGAGGACGCAGCUCCGGGAAAGCUCCCUCCGGUAGCCUUGGAAAGCGAUGGGUACCGAAACGAAUGGCUCAGCUACGUGUAUAUACCCGUGUCACUCGACCUUGAAGACUUGUGGCGCCGUGUCGAGACGCCCAAGGCCGCGCUGCUCGAGCUCAUUGAUCACCUACACAUAUCGCUGACGCGGCCCCUGGUGCUUCGUAAGCAUGAACAGGGACCCUUUUAUGCGCAGGUUCGACAGGCCACUGCGUGUGUGCACCCUUUUUCUGUAGGCUUUGCGCGAUUCGUGUGCCUGCCCAGCGACACAUCCGAGCGCGUGUUCAUGGCACUCGAAGUCAGUGCUGGAUGGCACGAACUGACCGAGCUCGUACGUGCGCUGAAUGAGCGGCUCAGUCGCCUCCUACAUGUCAGGCAAUACUAUGACGAGGCGCGUUUCCAUGCAAGCGUGGCGUAUCUGCACGGUGCGCCCCCCGCCCAACUCGUCCAGGAAGGCGAGCGUCUCGCCCGUGCGUGGAAUCAUUGUCUUUGUGUGACAGACAUCGGGCCGGUGACAGUCCGAGCUAUAUACACCAAGGUAGGUCAGCAUAUAGAAUGCGCGGCCUUCCCCUAG